AUGUCGCUUCAUCUCUGGGGUGCACCAUUCGACGCAGAAUCUCUUGCGACGGCGAUUUUUGUCGCUCGAAAUUGCAAGGACAAUGAAAUCGAAGUGCUAUACGACUCCAACUACUUUCUCUCCCCAAAUGGCAAAUUACCGGUCCUACUGGAGGGAGAUCUUGUCCUAGAAGGCUACAAAGAGAUCGUGAACCAUCUGAUGGACAAGUACAAUCUGUUUUCCAUCUCGGUGGAACAGAAACUGCUAGACCAAGGUCUCAUUGAACAUCUGCUCACUAAGCUCGAGGUUAUCAGCUGCUACAAUUACUUUCUUAAUAAGGACAAUUUCGAGGGCUACACUAGAGGAAUCUUCAAAAAUAUACUGCCUAUUCCAUUCCAAUAUAUACCACCCCUCAACCUCAAAGCCCGUGCUGCGGCAAUUUGUGAAACCGCAGGAAUAUCCUCAACAGAAGAGUCAAACCAACUGCGUCAACUCAAGGAGCGAGAAAAAACCUUGAAGGAAACUCCAACUCUGUCAAACUUUGACCACUCCCAAAGAAAUGCUUCUCUUAAAGUGGUACUUGACCAAAUGGACAUCCUCACCAACAUGAGAUGUGUAUCACUGCUGGAAGAGACAAUCAAGCUGGUUAAAGACCUUGGCCUACCAAAAUCAUAUCCUUCGUCAAUUCUCUUUGACGCUUACAUCCAGUGCAACACCAAUCCCAACCUGAAGACCGACUUUGUCCUCAAAUACCUCAAAUCCUCGCACUCAGACCUCCUGCAGUCCCGUCAAGAUAUACAGCCACAGCCAGUCUCUUUUGUCACUGCAGUUCAGUCCCUGGCACGAAACUACCUCUAG